AUGGCCACCGAUUCUACAACCAUAACUACUGGUUCUACAACCAUUACAGAAUAUCCAGUGGCCACAAGCAACACUUCCAUAGCUAUAUCUGACAAUGAGUCCGACGAGUCAGAGUCCGACGAAGAGACAGACCCAGCACUACAGCUACGACCCUUGAUUAUGGACAAGCUUGUGAAGAGUGCUUUCGAGAAAACUCCACUCAGAUUCGUUCCGGAAGGCAAUAUCCAGGAUAUCAUCACAGAGGAAAAGAUCAAGAUAUCCCUAAAAAUAGGUACACCAUGCUCGAGGAGAGAUGGUGAGAUGAUAGAGUUCAUCAAGACACGUGCCAAGAAGGUGUUUGCCAUCGUGGUAUACAUGAAGCCAAGCGAUUCGAUGGCGGUAAUGAAGUCAUUGAAAAAGAAGGGCAUCGAUGACGAUUCACUUCCCAUCACGAAUCAGCAGGACUUAGGUAAAAGAGACUGGGUCCUAGAGUUCUUUGAGAAACAGUGGCAAUUCGAAGCUCCAGUCUUCUCGACCACCGAAUACAACCAUGAUCUGGAGGAGUCUCACAUUUUGCCCUUUAUUUCAAAGAAAGUAGAUUCAAAAAGGGGCUCUUUUGGCGUAGUGUCUCAGUAUGUAGUGCACCGGAACCACCUAAACCCGCAGGCGCUACCAGAAGACACUUCCUUUGCAGUGAAAGAGAUACAGGCCAAAGAUGACGCCGAAGAGGUAGCGCAACACUGGGAACAAGAAGUCAGAGCACUUCGGACAAUGAACCAACUAAACCAAGACCAUAUCGUCCAUUUUAUCACGGCUUUUCGACGCCGGAAAGAACAAGGCGAGGAAGAGUACUAUUUGAUGUUUGAAUGGGCAGACGGUGGCAAUCUUUGCAGCCUUUGGAAAAGGAUUCCUUUUCCCAUUAUGACAGCACGCCUCGUCAAAGAUGUUGUCAAACAGAUCUUGGGACUCGCCAAAGCACUUGAAGCUGCCCACAACUUGAACAAAACUGGUGCUUCGUAUCGACAUGGCGAUCUGAAACCGGAGAACAUUCUUGUUUUCAAUAAUGGAGGGUCAGUAGGAACAUUCAAAAUUGGUGAUUGGGGCGAGGCACGGCAACACGACCAAGCCACGGUGAUGCGUCCUAGCAAGACAGCGGCCAAGUAUGGUACUCGGCGAUACGAAGCCCCAGAAGUAGAGACAGGAAUCAAGUCUCAAUAUUUAGGUCACACAACCAAACGACGCUCACGGCUAUACGACAUAUGGGCCAUGGGCUGCAUCACCCUGGAACUCAUCAUUUGGCUUUUGUAUGGGGAAGAGUCAGUUACUCAGUUUCACAAUGAAUUAGGCAACGACAGUUUCUACGAGAUUCGUGUGGUCAACGGAAAGAAAAUUGCUUCAGUACACAGCGCUGUGACGCGCUGGAUGGAUGUGAUGGCAGACGACCCUAAGUGCCAAGUUGGCACUACUGCACUCGGGGACCUUUUGGAACUUGUGAGGACUGGUCUGCUCGUUGUCAGACUUCGGGCGAGGCUGGGUACGACGAUAUCAGAUGUCCCCGCGAAACCUCGUCAAGAUUCCGCAUCCCAUAUUCCGAUUAUGCAGGGCUCUGGUAUUAUGACGUCUGAAAAGUCGACGGUUGAAGCAAACGUUGUGGACUUCGAUGAGAACCCGGCACCGGGCCUACCCUUGUUUAGUCUGACCCCAGCCUCAGCAGAGGCUGCGCCCACCAGAACUCCCUUACAGCCUGAACCUGAGCCUGCAGGGGAAAGUCGAUUCCUUGCGGAUGAGUUCCGGGAACGACUGGAACACAUCGAUGCAGAGGACGAAGACGAAACCUACUGGUGUAUCGACGGAUCACGUCACUCAGUUCCUGAAAGUCUCUCCGCAUCAUAUUCUGCAUCUCAAUUGAUCGCAUCGAGUUAUGGCACCAGGGAUGGAGAUCUCAGUACGUAUACAGAAACUUCGGACUCAGCGAAUCACGGUCUUUCUGCUCCCUACCAAAAGAGAGUAAAGCUUGACGAAAACGAUUGGAAGUAUUCAUCUGGCAACAGCGUCGCGUUGGACUUACUUCCAGCGCUCGCAACGGUGAAUGCACAUGACCAAAGUCAUCAUGAAGUAGCAACAGUACUCUGCAGAAAUUGUGCAAUAUUCCAAGAACAGGUUCUGAGCCCUGGUUUCUCGAUAUCAUACGACAACCAAGCCCUUAGGGCAAGCGCACUCGCCCAAACAUGCGAUCUGUGUCCCCUACUUUUGAACACUGCCAUCAGACACGGCGAAGCGGCAUCACCAAUUAUCAAAUUUGACCGCACUGGUCCAUUUUUGACAAUUAAGAGCAGUGGAUAUCCUGUUCUCUCCGUCGUUCGCGAUCCUCGACAGCAGUUACCACCAAGUACUGACGUUCAGGUGGGAUUCGUUUCCCUUCCAGAUGCUGGCAGCGCUGUCCAUCUUCGGGUUGUCAAAAACUGGCUUGACUACUGCGAUCAGAAUCACCCGUGCGCGCCUUCUCUACAAUCCAGAACCAAUGUGAAAUCACGAUUGCCGACCAGAUUGCUCGAUGUGGGUGUAGAUGGCGACAGCAUGAUUCGCCUUAGGGUGACUUCAGCUGAAGAAACUGGAGAAUGGGUGGCUUUGUCACAUAGAUGGGGCUCCAGGCAUUUCUCAACUACUACAGAGACCCUUCAAGCUCACCUUGACGGUAUGGAUUUGAACUCUCUUCCAAAUACAUUCAAGGACGCUGUGGCAGUCACGCGUGCGUUGGGACGACGAUACCUUUGGAUCGAUUCCCUAUGCGUGAUACAAGGGCCGGGUGGCGACUUUGUAAAAGAGGCUAAACGGAUGGAGGAAGUUUACAGUGGCGCGUACUGCGUGAUUGCAGCGAGCUGCGCUGAGGACCAUCACUCCGGAUUCCUGAAACGACGCAAUAGCAGAGAUUAUGUUGGCUUGCGUCGUGGGGGUAAAGAACAAGCCCCUUUCUACAUUUGCCAGAACAUCGAUGAUUUCAAAAAACAUGUUCUCGAUGGCGAGCUGCAUGCUCGUGGGUGGGUACUGCAAGAACAUGCCCUUGCUCGCAGGACGCUAUUCUUUACUGAACAUCAGACAUAUUUUGAAUGCGGCGAAGGGGUUCGAUGCGAAACCUCGACAACACUAAGCAAUAAACUCGCAGCGUUUUUGGGAGAUCCAGAUUUUCCACACAUACUUUCCAGUGCAAGUCAAGGAGAAAGGAUUCUUCGCUGCCAGGAGCUCUAUCGCAAGUAUUCGCGUCUAGGACUCUCGAAAGCGUACGAUAGGCCCACAGCUAUAGACGGCCUACAACAACGUCUUCUCCGUACAAUGUAUGUCAAAGGUGGGUUUGGUGUUUUCGACGAGGGAGUGACGCGGGGUUUGCUCCGGCGCAGUCUCUUGUGGCGACGCGGUGUCGACACCAGGAGUCUGACGCGAAUCUGCUUCCCUACCGAAAGCGUUUUACCGACUGUGCCUUCAUGGUCAUGGAUGGCAUACACUGGCGGAAUAGACUACUUGCAGCCAGAUUUUGGAAACUACGAGUGGGAGGACUUGCAAUCCCCGUGGUCAACGAAUUCUCCCAACAGCAUCUCCAGCACGGAUGUCAGCAUCGCGAACAUGGCAUUGGUUGCUGCAGCACGGGAAUUCGACUCUGGCGCUGCAGUAUUGAGCGAGGGUGAGUUGAUUUUCGACACUCCGCAUGGAUCUUCGAUACCGAAACCGCUCUGUGUGGUGCUGGGGAAGGCCAAAGGCAGUCCGUCGCCGGAGACACGAAGGCAUUACAUUUUGAUUGUCGCAGUGGCAGGACAAAAGGGCCGCGCUGGGGAGACGAUAUACGAGCGUGUGGGGGCAGGAUAUCUGCCUGGCAAGUGUAUUUCGCCAACAGUAAUUGAUGUCAGAAUCCAUUGA